AUGUGCUGCCCUGUACUCGCUCUUGCAUUCUGUCUACUGUGGGCUGCCCCUGCAAACCUGGGUCAAGUUCAGCUCAACAGUUCUUGGACUGUGGUUUCUCCUGAGCCAACUGCAAGGGGACGGGGAGUUAGGGGAGCUGUGUCUGAGCAGGGACGUGAGGAUGGUUCAGAGCCUGCACUGAGUAACCUCCAACAGAGAGGAGAGGAUCCUGCCUGGUGGCCUUUCAGUGAGACACUGGACAUUGGCGAGUACCCAUGGGAUAAGUCAAAGUACCUCCGCAAGAUUGCAGCCGAGAAACAUCCCGAGCCAAAGGGAGCAAUUUUACAAGGAUUUCUGGGGAGACAGGGCUCCGGACACAGCCAGUCUCAACAUGAAAAGAUGGAAAAGACCAUCACCAGUGGAUAUCGGCAUUCCGGGAAAGAUGGGCCUUUCCAUAUGAGCAUGUCCAGGUUUAAGAGGGGAGCAGAUGGGAUUGAAAACACUGACCGAAUAAGAGGCAAAAGUAAGAAGCGACAGAAGGGUACAACUUCUCCCAUUCACAACUCCACGGGGCCCGGCGGAUUGCAGUUUACCCUGGAGCAGGAGGCUGCGCCCCUGUAUCUCAAUGCAUCAGCAGAGAGCUCCAACACACACACCAGAACUGAGGGAUUCCUCAACACUUCCAGGGACUUUGUCUUGGAGGCUGCUCCGGCCCUUCUGCCUGUACAGGCACCAGGCAAGAGGCGUCCCCUGAAGAACGCUUUCUACCCUGUGACCGAGGACUCCUAUGGGGCCUACGCUGUUACGUGUCUCUCCAUUGUCAUAUUUGUGAUUGGGAUUAUGGCAAACCUAUCCAUCAUGUGCAUUGUCUGCCACAACUACUACAUGAGGAGUAUCUCCAACUCGCUGUUGGCCAAUCUGGCUUUCUGGGACUUCCUCAUCAUCUUUUUCUGUCUUCCUCUGGUCAUAUUUCAUGAGCUGACUAAAAAGUGGUUGCUUGGAGAUCUUUCCUGCAAGGUGAUCCCUUAUCUUGAGGUUGCUUCCCUCGGAGUCACCACUUUCACAUUGUGUGCACUGUGCAUUGACAGGUUCAGAGCAGCCACCAACGUGCAGAUGUACUAUGAGAUGAUUGAGAACUGCUCAUCGACAACAGCCAAGCUGGCCGUCAUCUGGGUGGGCGCCAUGUUACUAGCGCUUCCUGAGAUUGCUCUUCGGCAGUUGAUAACAGAGGAGGUGGCAGCCUCCGAUGUAACUGCAGACCGCUGUGUUGUGAAGAUAUCGCCUAAGUUACCAGACUCUCUCUACGUGCUGGCACUGACUUAUGACAGCGCCAAGAUGUGGUGGUACUUUGGUUGCUAUUUCUGUUUGCCCACCCUCUUCACAAUUGGCAGCUCCAUUGUGACAGCUAGAAAAAUCAGAAAGGCCGAGAAGUCCUGUGCCAGAGGCAAUAAACGUCAGAUUCAGCUUGAAGGCCAGAUGAACUGCACAGUGGUGGCCUUGACCAUUCUCUAUGGGUUCUGUAUUAUCCCCGAAAACAUCUGCAAUAUUGUGACUGCCUACAUGGUUACUGGGGUCUCCCAGCAAACGGUGGAUCUUCUGCAGCUCAUCAGUCAGUUCCUUUUGUUCUUCAAGUCUUGUGUGACCCCAGUGGUCCUCUUCUGCCUGUGCAAACCAUUCAGCCGGGCCUUUUUGGACUGCUGCUGCUGCUGUUGUGAGGAAUGUGGCCCAAAGUCAUCCACUGUCGCAAGCGACGACAAUGACAAUGAAUUUACCACAGAACUUGAGCUCUCUCCAUUCAGCACAAUACGGCGGGAAAUGUCCACCUAUACCUCAGUGGCAACACACUGCUGAAAAGCUUGGUACAUCUUACUUUGACAAGAUAUAAUGCCCCAUCAUGGUGGACAAGUGUCCCUUUUUGCCACGUUUCAACAUCCUUUGGAAACAAACUGGAUGGAUCCCUGCCAAUAGAGCUCAAACUUAUCAAAAUGCUUUAUUACUAUUCCUCAGUUUUGCAAGGGAGUCUAUUAAUGAGAAGAUAACUGGCUGUUAGUUUCCAGAGUUGCAUUGUAACACAUACAAAACUGUACAUCAUGGUUGUAAAUGAGGAGAAAUCUGUGGCAGAAAUACAAUUUGGGAUGGUUUCCAUAACUUCGGUUUGAAUUAAUAAAAGCAGUGUUACAUAUGGUAUAAGUCAAAUUCCACCAGAAUUCCAAGUUAACAUCAUAUGGUCCUUAAUCCUUGAGUGUGAAGAAAGCUUAAAAAUUAAGUUUGUGACAUGUGAUGUGCAUAGGGAAUAGUAAGGACUAGCUAAUGUACUGUAUUUUGCUCUAUAGUAACUGCAGCUAGUUGUUGUACAUUGAAUAUCUGA